AUGACCCAAGAGAUGUCACUAAAUACCGAUAAAGGAGUUGAUGUUAUCGGGUAUCCCAAGGUUGGAUUAAAAAAGAAAGCCUUCGAUCCAUCAAGAUUAAGAAAGCUACUUGAGGAUUUGUCAUAUAAUCUCGAUGGCAAGAAUUUAGAUAUCGAUCGACUCGUAGAUAAUGUUACAAAACUGCUUCCAGCCUUUCUUGAUAUAGACGAGCUCUUUGAUUUGGCAGCGGAAACAGCAGCCUCACGAGUAACCUUACACCCAGAUUAUUCUAUUUUGGCAGCACGUCUAAUUGCCACAAAGUUACAAAGAAAUAACCACUUAUCAUUCAGUGAAAAUGUAAAACGAUUGACAAGUUAUGAAAAUCCUAGAACUCAUAAAAAGUAUUCAUUAGUUUCAAAAGCAUUUGAAAACACUGUGACCGAAUAUAGUGAAUUUUUCGAUUCAUUGAUUGAUGAGAAACGUGAUUUUGAAUUUUCAUAUUUUGGGAUUAAGACCUUAGAAAAAUCUUACUUGUUGAAGUUGAAUGAAAGCGUAGCCGAGACACCUCAGUUUAUGUUUAUGAGAGUUGCUAUUGGGAUUCAUGGGUCUGAUUUAGAUUCAGUGCGUGAUACUUAUGAGUUGAUGUCGCAAAAGUACUUCAUUCACGCAUCUCCUACAUUAUACAAUGCUGGUAGUGAAUAUAAUUUUUUAUCUUCAUGCUUCUUAGUGGCAAUGGAGGAAGAUUCAAUAGAUGGUAUCUAUAAAACUUUACAUACUACCGCAUUAGUAUCUAAAUCUUCAGGAGGUAUUGGCCUCCAUGUUCAUAACAUCAGAGGUAGCGGAUCCUACAUUGCAUCAAGUAAUGGAAUAUCCAGUGGGUUAGUUCCCAUGCUAAGAGUAUUCAAUGAUACAGCAAGGUAUGUAGACCAAGGUGGGAAUAAGAGACCCGGUGCAUUUGCCAUAUAUUUGGAACCUUGGCAUUGUGAUAUUUUUGCUGUACUUGAAUUGAGAAAGAAUCAUGGUAAAGAAGAGUUACGCACUAGAGAUUUAUUCUAUGGGUUAUGGGUUCCUGAUUUAUUUAUGAAAAGAGUAAAGGCCGAUAAAGAUUGGUCCCUCUUUUCACCAAAUGAAGCUCCAGGACUUUCUGAUUGUUUUGGAGAUGAGUUUGAAAAGUUGUUUGAGAAAUAUGAAGCCGAAGGUAGGGCGGUAAAAGUAAUAAAGGCUCAAAAGCUAUGGCAUUCAAUUAUUGAAUCUCAGACUGAAACUGGAGGCCCUUAUAUGCUAUACAAAGAUGCUUGUAACAAAAAGUCCAAUCAACAGAACUUGGGAGUUAUUAAAUCUUCAAAUUUAUGUUGUGAAGUUGUUGAAUAUUCUUCGCCAGAAGAAACAGCCGUUUGUAAUUUGGGCUCUCUUGCAUUACCUUCAUUUCUAAAACUGGAUAAAUCGAGAAUCUCUGUGGAUUACGCUAAACUACAUUCGGUGACAAAAGUUUUAACAAAGAACUUGAACAAAGUUAUCGAUGUGACAAAGUAUCCAGUAGCAUCAUCACAAACCUCCAAUAUGAGACACAGACCAAUUGCCGUUGGUGUUCAAGGUCUCGCUGAUCUUUUCUUAGAAUUAAGAUUACCAUUUGAUUCUUCUGAUGCGAAGAAAGUGAAUAUCCAAAUAUUUGAAACUAUAUAUCAUGCUGCUGUUGAACAAUCUGUGGAAUUAGCAAUUUCUGAAGGAGCAUAUGAAACAUUCCAAGGAUCUCCUGCUUCAAAAGGUCUUCUCCAAUUUGAUUUAUGGGAUAAUCAUAAGCCUACAAACUUGUAUAAUGAUUGGGAUGACCUUAAAGAACGAGUGAAAAUGUUUGGACUUCGGAAUUCAUUACUUGUUGCACCAAUGCCUACUGCAUCAACUUCACAAAUUUUAGGUUUCAAUGAAUGCUUCGAACCAUACACUUCCAAUAUUUAUAGCCGUCGUGUACUAGCUGGAGAAUAUCAAGUAGUUAACAAAUACUUAUUGAAGGACUUGAUUGAUUUAGGAGUUUGGAAUUCCGCCUUGAAAGACAAAAUAAUUAUGCAAAAUGGUUCUAUUCAAGGAAUUUCAGGAAUCCCACAAGAUAUUAAAGAUCUUUAUAGAACCGUUUGGGAGAUACCACAGAAAAAUAUCAUAAAUAUGGCAGCAGAUAGAGCUAAAUUUAUUGAUCAGCUGCAAAGUAUGAACAUACAUAUGCAAAAUCCAACUCUUGGAAAGCUUACAAGUUGCCAUUUUUAUGGCUGGGAGAUAGGUUUGAAGACAGGAAUGUAUUAUCUUAGAACCCAGGCAGCAGCUAGAGCUAUUCAAUUUUCUUUGGAUACAGAGGAGGCGGAUAAAUUAAGCCACGUAAAUAUUGAAAAACAACUUAAACGAAGAAAAUUCAACUCAGACUUAACAACCCCAGAAAAACGUGAUGAAAAUAACGAAGAUGAUUUAGAAAAUGGAACCAACAAUAGAAAAAGGCAAAGAGGGGAAUACGCCUAUAAUACCCCCACUUCACAACCCCGAACCAUAUCUGAAGAAGAAUAUGAUAUUCAUGAUACUACACCAGUUGCAUGCGACAUAACCAACCCGGAAAAUUGUGAUUCUUGCUCAGGAUAA